CUACGCUCAUCAUGGCGUACAAUUUCACCGGCAGAAGCAAGGAGUUGCUGAAGAAGUAUGCGGAUGCGCCAUUUUCACUGUCCGUGCAACUAUACCCAGAUUACUGGACGUUGAACUCAGGGCCCAAGUUCUUGUACAAUAGCCCUCAAGCAACGGAACUCCUCGAUGAGAUAAGAGCAAAUCGUAUACCAGCUGAUCUUCUCGAGACUUUUGACCAGGUUAAGUUGCUAUACUACGAAGGUUGCCUGAUCGUCGAAAUCCAGGACUUCCGGACCCCACUGAAAAUUAAAGAGAGACGGCUGUCUGAUGAGGCAAAACCUCAGUUAGAGACCACGCGCACGGUCCUCUACCCUACGGGAGAGUCUAUCUGGGCUGAUAUAUGCCUUAUGAAUGCGAAGACCGGCGGCCAGUGGUCCGAUCGGGAUACCAUCGACAUCGAGUCGAAAAUCUUGCUCGCCACAUCAGAACCCCUUUGUCUCGAUCCGGAUCCCAAGUUGGGGCGCAUCGCCAACCGGAUGGCCAGAGUGUCCCGUCCAAGGAGUCCACCCGCACUUCGCCCCAAUAAACGAAAGAUCUCACAAGCUGACCAGACGGAAGUGGACGAAGUUGCAACUGCCAGGAGGAUGAAGCUUUUCCAGUUCCGCAAUCCACAAAUGGCCCGACCCAAAACCCCGAACUUCAAAUUACUAGAGACUUUCGAGAGAGUGCGCGCGGCUGGCGGCCCAGAAGCUGCUGGCACACAGGCCACAUCUGCUCCGCCCCAGAAUCUACAACCCCAACAACCGACGCAUAUCAAUACCCAACUCCCAGCCUCGGUAUCUUCCCGGCCGUCUAGCACUAUUCCCCAAAGUGCUCAGAAAGUCAAGUCUUCUCGAUCUAACAACGGCACGCCCACUCCUACUCAGAAUACGCCCGUCUCUGCCACACCACACCUGCAGCCACAAAUGCUCCAUCAAGGCAUUCGACCUUCCCCUCGACCUCCGUCCCAAUCGCCCCAUCCGAAACUUCUACCCUCGGACGCGAACAAUCGACCAGCACCUUCUCCUGCCCCGCAUCAUCCACCCGCCGCCUCUCCUCGUCAACCGCCAGUUGCGACGGCCCAACAUCAACCUCAGCAAGUGCCGCCACCACCACAACCGCAUGCCCAACCGCAGGCUCCGUCGCAACCCCAACACCACCAACCUCAACACAUCCAGCCGCAUGCUCCCAUCCAAGCCCAGCCCCUGCCUCACCCACAAGCGCCACAGCCGCAAGCUCCACAAGCGCAGGCUCAACACGGGCAGACUGCCCCGACACAGGGCCCCCCUUACCACUUCAACCAACUGACGCCACAACAACAAUAUGUCCUCUUCGCAAAGAACAACGGUAUGCUACCCAAGACCUCCGGCACACCAAACUCCGCCUCGAACCUCACUCCUCAGCAGCAACAAAAUAUGUUUAAGUACUUAGCGGCGCAGGCGCAGGCCCAGCAGGCUCAGCGCAUGAACCCUACCCAGAUCGCUGCUGCCGCUCAGACGCACGCUCAAGCGGCCCAGGGCCAGCAAUCUGUUGCGCGCAACAGCCCUAUGUUGGCUCCCAACCCGAAUGGUGCGACGGCUGUUGCUGCUGCAGCAGCGGCUCAGCAACAGGCAAUGCAGAGGGGUAGUCCGCUGGUGGCGAACAAGCAACCUAUCGCCACGCGGUCUCCCAUCCCCAAUCCGAACGCCCAGCAGCAACAGCAGCAUCAACAGCACCCCAAUAUUCCCAAUGUCCACCCCUCGACGAGCUAUCCCAUCAACCCGAAAUACGCACAUCUUCGCAACGGAAUGCCUCACACACAGGCGCAGGCGCAGGCCCAUUUCCAGCACCUCGCCGCUCAGCAACAACAGCAGGCGACAUCGUCUCCCGUACCGACACCACAGCAGCAGGCUCAACAGCUGAUCGCGGCACAGCAGCAGCAGCAGCAUCAGCAGCGUCUUCAACAGCAACAACGCGCCCAGCAGCAGCAGCAGCAUCCUCAACAACCCCGCGCGCCACAACAACAACAGCAACAGCACCUACAGCCUCAACCUCAACAACAGACGGGUAAUCCAACGCCCGAGCAGCAGCAACAGCAGCAGCAGCAGUACUAUACUCAGAUGAUGAAUCUGCAGCAGAUGCAGGGCAUGGUGAAUGCGGGGAGGGGACAGCAGCCCGGGUAUAUGUGGACGAUGCCUACUGGGUAUGGGAGGGGAGCGCCGCUGAACGCACAGCAGCUGGCGCAGAUGCAACAGAUGCAGCAGAAUCUGCAGCAGCAGCAUAUGGCAGCUAAGCAAGGCCGUGGAAGAGGUAUGCCUCGGUGA